GGGGAUGGCAUUGUUCGAUUGGAAGGGAGGGAGAGGAGGCGAGGUGAGAGGGGGAAGGGGGCGCAUCGUGGGUUGGGUGAUCACGGCCUGAUGGGGUCGUGGCGCAAGGCCUACGGCGCCCUCAAGGACUCCACCAGGGUCGGCCUCGCCAAGGUCAACAGCGACUUCAAGGAAUUGGAUAUUGCAAUUGUGAAGGCAACUAACCAUGUAGAAUGCCCUCCCAAGGAACGGCAUGUCAGAAAUAUAUUCAUCGCCACCUCAGCAAAUCGCCCUCGCGCAGACGUCACAUACUGCAUAUAUGCAUUGUCAAGAAGAAUGUCCAAGUCAAAGAACUGGAUAGUUAAAUUGAAGACAUUAAUAGUGGUGCAUAGGCUUCUGAGAGAAGGUGAUCCCACAUUCAAAGAAGAGUUCCUGGCCUACACAUACAGGGGAAACAUUCUGCAUCUAGCAAAUUUCAAGGAUGACUCUAGCCAAUUAGCCUGGGAUUGCUCCGCAUGGGUUCGCACCUAUGCGCUCUUCCUGGAGGAACGGCUUGAGUGCUUUAGGGUUCUCAAAUACGACAUCGAAACUGAGCGCCUCAUGAAAUCGCCCCAUUGUUCUACCAAAGGACAUAGUAAAACCAGGACCCUACCUUGCCCAGAUCUUUUGGAGCAGUUGCCUGCACUGCAGCAACUGCUUUUCAGGGUUGUUGGAGUCCAGCCGGAAGGUUCUGCGUGCUCAAACUACCUCAUUCAGUAUGCAUUAGCCCUGGUUGUGAAGGAGAGCUUCAAGAUCUACUGUGCAAUUAAUGAUGGCAUCAUCAAUCUUGUUGAUAUGUUCUUCGAUAUGCCGAAGUAUGAUGCUAUCAAGGCUCUGACUAUUUACAAACGAGCUGGCCUGCAGGCAGAAAACCUUGCUGAAUUCUAUGAAUUCUGCAAACAGCUUGAGCUGGCCAGGACAUUCCAGUUUCCUACUCUGAGGCAGCCGCCCCCCUCCUUCCUUACAACAAUGGAAGAGUACAUCAAAGAAGCACCCCGCCCCUCAGUCAAGACUGUGGAGAGUGAGGAACCAAAACUACUGACUUAUGACAAAGAAGAUCCACAGGAACCUGAAAAGUCAGCAGAAGAGGAGAAAGAAGAACCUGAACAAGAACCAGAAUCUCAAACUGAGCCUGAACUAGAACCCCAGCCACAGCAAACAACUGGAGAUCUCCUAAACCUGGAUGCAGAGGUGAACCCUUCGGUUAUGGAACUCGAAGAAUGCAAUGCAUUGGCACUUGCCAUUGUAGCUCCAGGUGACCAAAACAAGGCGUCAACAUCUCAAAAUCUGUUUGAUGGAAACUCAUCGGGGUGGGAGUUGGCACUUGUCACUGCUCCAAGCACCAAUAUAAGCCAGCCAGUUAAGACCAACUUGGCUGGAGGCUUUGACAAGGUGUUACUCGACAGCCUCUAUGAAGAUGAGGCAAGGAGGCAGCAGAUCGCCAGUGUGACCUACGCUGGCAGCCUUGGAACAGCCAACCCUUUCGACGCCAAUGCCAAUGACCCGUUCGCCAUGUCCAGCAGCUUCGCGCCACCAUCUAAUGUGCAGUUGGCACUGAUGACCCAGCAGCAACAGCAGUACUACCAGGUGCAGCAGCAGUAUUUUCAGCCACAGCAGCAGCAGUAUUUUCAGCAGCAGCAACAGAUAAUGGCGAUGCCGACACCAAACAUGUACCACCACCAAUAUCAGUACGCUACGCCUCCCUCCGGAGCUCCAAAUCCAUUUGGUGAUCCUUUCAGUGACCUUGUAGCAGUGGGUGCUCCGGGAAAACAGGGCAACUCGAGCUUUGUCUGAGCUGGUUGCUACUUCUGACCAUUCUAACUUGAGUAGAGCAGCAAACCUGUACAGCAUGAGCUCCUUCGCUGAGUGAAGAUGUUGUAUAUUAAUGCUUUCUUUCGCAAUAUCCACAUUUUGGAAGAUAACAUGAUUGGUACCAGUUCUAUAGUGCUUUGUUUACUAUAC